AUGUCGAGUUUACCCGCCCCUGAGAAUGCCGUGGAGAAGUUGUUCAAAGAAUUUAUUUCCCUGGGCAACAAUAUCACCACAAACAAGGAACGCGAGGAAAAAUACCAAAGCGACCUCAAAGCCUUCUUAGAAUCCGUUGGUUCAUCCGAGCAGACCCACCCCGAUGAGCCUUGGCUCAAAGAAGUCGUCACCAGAGUACUCGCUCAACAAAACCGCCUUGGGAGCGGGCUUGUUUUUGCGGAGGAAAUGAGCCCCUAUGUUGUCAAGCCGACUGAACAACAUUGGGGAAUAUACCAGAAGUUGUACGCCGUAUGUCUUCGCUGGGCAAUGUGGGGGAGAUAUCGACCGAGCGGACUUCCCGACGUAUAUGCCUGUAUUCAGCGGGACGCUCGCACCCUGGCACUUGUUAACCCCGGCGCGAGAAAUCUCCCUGAAAUUCCCGAUUUCGACCUCCUUCCCCGCAUAUUUGCUAUAUCGCCAACAUGUGUCCGCUGUGGGAAAUUCCCCAUGAUGUUCUGUGACCUGUGCAUGCACAAGACCAGAGGCCGCUUCACCAUCGUCGAUGUCUACUGCAGCAGGGCUUGUCAGGUGCGUCACUGGGCCGAACACGAGCCGAUCUGCACCCGACGCAGGAAGUUCAUUCGGUCGGUGAUACUCAUGAAGAGCUUCUUCGAUUCAAUCGUGACAAAUAUCAAGUCCGCCAAGGUCGGAAAAUAG